AUGGGUUCGUUGAACGCAGAUGAGUACAAGGAUGAUGCGGGUUACUUGAGGAAGAGCUCCGAAACCCCUGAGCAUCAGCGCUGGUCGAUGAAGAAUUUGAUCAGCAAGAUCAAGAAGAAGAAUGACACAGAUCUUGAAGACUUCAUGGUCAUCGGUAUUGACUUUGGAACGACAUACUCUGGAGCAGCAUGGGCUACAGUGGCAGAUUUCGAGUCUGAAGAGAUCAAUCUCAUAACCAACUGGCCAGGAAUUGGAGGCGAAGAGGGAAAGGCUCCCACCGAGCUGUUCUACGAACAUGGCGACGUGAUGUGGGGAUAUGGAAUUCCCGCUGACGCCGACCCUGUUCGCUGGUUCAAGUUGCUCCUCUUGCAGGAGGAAGACCUGGCGCCCGAGCUUCGCCAGUCCGACUUUGUGCUGCGUGCGCGCAAGAUGCUGAGAGAGAACAACAAGACUGCUACAGACCUCAUUGCCGAUUAUCUCAAGGCUUUGUGGGCUCACAUCCUCAACUCCAUCAAGAAGGCCAGAAGCAAGACUGUCAUUGAGGCUCUCAGAUUUCAUGUUGUCAUUACGGUCCCUGCCAUCUGGAAGGAUUAUGCCCGCACAGCUAUGGAGGAGGCAGCAAAGAAGGCCGGUAUUCUUGACGAUCGUCCUGCCGGUAGCACUACCCUGGCCUUUGCCCCCGAGCCUGAGGCUGCCGCCUUGGCUACGCUUUGCGAAAAGGGCCGUGUAGCUAAGAAGGACGAUGUGUUCGUGAUUUGCGAUGCUGGCGGUGGUACAGUGGACUUGAUUAGCUACCGAGUGGGAGGGUUGGAGCCCAUUGAACUCCAUGAGGCGGUGCUGGGUUCAGGCGGCUUGUGCGGUGGUAUCUUCAUUGAUGAGGCCUUCGAGAGUAUCUGCAAGGCGCGAUUGGGGCGACAGUGGAGCAAUCUCAGCCAGACUGGUGUCAAAGAACUCAUGAAAGACCAGUGGGAGUACGGCAUCAAGCCUCAGUUUACUCCCGAGGACAAGAAUAAGGAGUACAUUGUUGCUAUCCCGGCCGAGGCGUUCAAGAACGGCGCUGACCAGAAUGAUUUGGAGCGAAAGCCGGUCAUUAAGAAUGGUCGAAUUCACUUUACUAGCGAGGACAUCGAGAAGGCAUUCGCCGCUGUUUUCGCCGACAUUGUCAAGUUGAUCGAUGGUCAAAUCAGCAAGGCCAAACAGGACAACAUGUCGGUCAAGGGAAUCAUCCUUGUUGGAGGCCUUGGCUCAAGCCCAUACUUAUAUGAGUACCUCUCUGAGAAGUAUGGAGGCAACGAGAUAGACGUUCUACAGUCCGCUGGUAUCCGACCACGCACCGCCAUCUGUCGCGGAGCCAUCUUUAAGGGAUUCCUAGAUGCACCGAGCGGCAAGCUUAGUAGCGCCAUGACUGCAGCCGGAAAACCUCUGCAAAUGCCUGUUCGUGUCGUGUCUACUAUAGCUAGACAAAGCCUGGGCGUUGAGUUCACGCCUCUCUUCGAGGAAGGUGUUCACCCUGCCGAAGACAAAUACUGGGAUAAGGACGAAGGCGUGUGGAGAGCCGGUAAGCAGAUGCUGUGGUAUCUGAAGAAGGGCGAGAAUGUGUCGAAGAAGGAACCUGUUAAGAACACGUUCUAUCGAACCUUUGCAAAGGCUGAGGACUUCAAGGAUACCGUUACCGAGACUGUCCAACAGUGUGAAGAUGAUGUGCCGCCAACUCGGCUUGGGCCUAGCAUCAAAGAGCUAUGCAAGAUCCACUGCCGACUUGACGAUAUUCCCUUUGAAUCUCUUGACGACUACAAGGGUGAAAACAACCAGGAUUUGAAGAGAUACAUGUAUGACAUCGAAAUGGUGCCAUCCGGAGCUUCAAACAUAUUCGCGGUCUAUCACCAGGGCACAAAGAUGGGGUCUCAUGAUGCAAGCGUCGAAUAUACCAAGCAUUAA